UUUGGUGAUUGUUUUUGUCUGAUGUUUUUGUCCCGUUACAGGUCCUCGUAUGGAGUUAUCUGAUGUCCUGGGCUCACCCUGAAAUUGAACCAUGGUCAUUCUGCAACAGGGAGACUAUGUCUGGUUGGACCUCAAAACCGGCCGGGAGUUUGACGUUCCCGUGGGAGCGGUGGUCAAGCUGUGCGACUCGGGACAGAUCCAGGUGCUGGACGACGAGGGCCGGGAGCACUGGAUCUCCCCCCAGAACGCCACCAACAUCAAGCCCAUGCACCCCACCUCCAUCCAGGGAGUGGAGGAUAUGAUCCGCCUGGGGGAUCUCAACGAGGCCGGCAUCCUCCGGAACCUUCUCAUACGCUACAACGAGCGGGUCAUCUAUACAAAUUGUGGUGGACGGACGUACACAGGGUCAAUCCUGGUGGCAGUGAACCCAUACCAGUUGCUGCCCAUCUACACGCCAGAUCACAUCCGCCUGUACACCAACAAGAAGAUAGGAGAGAUGCCUCCGCACAUCUUCGCUAUAGCAGACAACUGCUACUUCAACAUGCAGAGGAACAACAAGGAUCAGUGCUGCAUCAUCAGCGGCGAGUCAGGAGCUGGGAAGACUGAAAGCACCAAGCUGAUCCUCCAGUUCCUUGCUGCCAUCAGCGGGCAGCACUCAUGGAUAGAGCAGCAGGUGCUGGAGGCCAACCCCAUCCUGGAAGUCCACUAA